GGAGAUGUCUUUAAUCGGGCUAUAGCUACUUUUCGUUACUAUUUUCUCCUUAAUGUUUAGUUGUUAGCGUGUCUUGAGUUUUUGUGCUGGGGAGCUGGUCAGCCAUCCAGUAUCUUAAGGGUGAUCCUCUUCCGCACUAGACUAGUGGUUUUGAAGCUCUUAAGAACUGCGGGCAUGUUUUAGAAAAUACUACUACUGUGGUUCAGGGACCAUCCAUUGUAAUAUGGCAUGAAACCAAAGACUAAUGCUGGUAUUGGCAGUCAAAUCUGUAAGAAAUAAAUUCACUGCCAGCUACUGAAGACAUUUCCGCCUGCAUGGGUGAAUGUGAUUGAGGACCGAUUCAAAUUCUUGCUGAAGUGUUCCUUCACCGGAUCUCGGAUCUCACUUUCAGAAUCCUUGCGGUAGAGAAUCCCUUCAGAUGAGUGAAUGGUUUACCGUGUCAGCUAGUUUGAAGGUUUAUGUGUGCGGGCAAAAGACAAAGAAGCUAGCUAGAUAGUGGUCGUAGUUAAAGCUAAUUGGGAACUGUGGUCUCAAGCUGAUCUUUUCACAGCUAGCUCUGCGUAAUUCCAGAAGACCCUGAAACGGCACACUGCAGUGUGUAAACUCAGCUGUCAGUCUGGAGCACAUCGCUGAAUAUAGCCAAGUUAACGUGCUAUUGCAGUUGUCAACUUGCUUUUUAAAGCUUUCUUAAGCUGGUUAUUGUGGUCACAAGAUGUUUCUUGGAGAGUAUUUAGUGAUUAAUUGUGUUUGUAUCACACUUUUCAUUCAGAAUGCUUCCCAGAUACGAGGGCGACACGCUUGUAUCUCAUGAUGACCAGGAGGCAGAGCGAGAAGCUCACCAGUUCAGUUCAGGGGCAGCUUUAGGGAGGCCCAGGGAGGAAUUUUGGCAGGGAAUGCCCCUACUGUUCCUCUGCCUGCCCCUACAGAAAACACCCCUACUGUUCCAGAGAGCACCCUGGGAUCUUUAAGGACCAAGCAGCCAGCUUGAACGUGUCACUUGAAAGAUAACACCUCCCCCGGCGCAGUGUGGCACUGGUUUCAAAAUCCUGGUGCACCAGGAAGAGCACCACCUACUGGCCCAAGUUACCCAUUUGGGAGUGCCUGUUCUAGGUGGCUCUUCCCCACACCAUGCCGUCCAGCCUGGGUGCCAGCAAUCCUGCGGCCGCGCUGCAGGAGGCGCUGGAGAACACCGGGAGGCUCAUCGACAGACACCUGCAGGACGACCGCUGCUUCCCUGACCUCUCGGAGCUCCUCAACGUCCCGGCGCACAACAUGCCCUCCCUGUCGGGAAUGUCGGACAUGGACUACCCCCUGCAGGGCCCUGGGCUGCUGACCGUGCCCAGCCUGCCCGAGAUCAGCCCAGUCCGCAGGGUACCCCUGCCCCCUGAGCUGGUGGAGCAGUUCAGCCACAUGCAGUGCAACUGCAUGAUGGGAGUCUUCCCAGAGAUCAGCAGGGCUUGGCUCACAAUCGACAAUGACAUUUUCAUGUGGAACUAUGAGGAUGGGGGGGAUGUUGCCUACUUUGAUGGCCUUAGCGAAACCAUUCUGUCUGUGGGUCUCGUAAAGCCAAAAGAAGGGAUCUUCCAGCCCCACAUCCAGUACCUGCUGGUGCUAGCUACGCCGGUGGACGUCGUCAUCCUUGGGCUGAGUUUCCCUGGCUCCCAGGCAGGGGCUCUGAAUGACAGCAUGUCCAGCGGGAUGCAGCUGCUGCCUGACCCGCUGUACUCCAUCCCCACUGACAACACCUACCUGCUGGCCGUCACCUCCACCGACCUGGGGCGCAUAUUCCUGGCGGGAAAGGACGGCUGUCUGUACGAGAUUGCCUAUCAGGCCGAAGCGGGAUGGUUCAGCCAGCGCUGCAGGAAGAUCAACCAUUCUAAAAGCACCCUCUCCUUCCUCAUUCCCUCCGUGCUGCAGUUCACCUUCUCCGAGGACGAUCCCAUUGUCCAGAUAGCCAUCGACAACAGUCGCAACACUCUCUACACCCGCUCAGAGAAGGGAGUCAUUCAGGUUUAUGACCUGGGAGUGGACGGACAGGGGAUGAGCAGAGUGGCCGGCAUGUCCCAGAAUUCCAUCGUGUCAGCUGCGGGCAACAUCGCAAGGACUAUUGAUCGGUCGGUCUUCAAGCCCAUUGUUCAGAUUGCAGUGAUUGAGAGGUCUGAGUCCUCGGAUUGCCACCUGCUGGCCAUUACACAUGCAGGUGUUCGCCUAUACUUCAGCACCACGCCUUUCUCCCCACCCAACGCCAGGCACACCUCUGCCCGACCCGGCAUGCUGGUUCUGGUCCAUGUCCGCCUGCCUCCAGGAUUCUCAGCCUCCGCCACACUUCAGAAACCCUCCAAAGUCCACAAAGCCCUGUACAGCAAAGGUGUUCUGCUGAUGGCCGCCUCAGAAACAGAAGAUGGCGAUAUCCUGUGGUGCAUCAACCACGACUCUUUCCCCUUCAAGAAACCCUUAAUGGAAGCACAGAUGACCUCGACUGUGGAUGGACACACGUGGUCUCUGUGUGCGGUCGAAGAGUCGAGGGCAGUGAAGGUCGUGACUCCGCUCAACAGGGACCUUGUGCCACACACAGACUCUCCAGUCGUGGUUCAGCAGCACAACAUCCCCCCUAAGAAGUUCGUCCUUCUCUCGGCCAAGGGAAGUCACAUCUUCCACAAGCUGCGCCCCGUGGAUCAGCUGAGGCACCUGCUGGUGAGCUGUGCCGGGGGAGAUGGGGAGGAGAUCGAGAGAUUCUUCAAGCUGCACAGGGAGGAGCAGGCCUGUGCCACCGCUCUGAUCCUGGCCUGUUCCAGCGCUGCCUAUGACAGAGAGGUGUCCCUGUGGGCCUCCAGGGCCUUCUUCAGGUAUGGAGGAGAGGCACAGAUGCGCUUCGCUUCUGCCCUGUCAGCUCCUGUCAGCAGCGUGGGACCCAUGCUGAGUUCACCCGUGCCUGGUUCCCCUCUGCCCAUCAGCAGUCCAGUUCCCAAUCCCAGCUUCCUGGCCACCCCUGCUCCAGGGUCCUACCCCCCGAGUGUGUCCACCCCCUUUGUGCAGGCGCCCUCCAUGGGUCAGGCUGGAGCGCCCAUCACUGCCAUGGCUGGACCGGAGGUGGUGUUCUCGGGGAAGCAUAACGGCAUCUGCAUUUACUUCAGCAGGAUCCUGGGGAAUAUCUGGGAUGGAAGCCUGGCAACGGAGAAGACCAUCAGUACAGGAAAUCAACAGGUCACCAUUAUGGAGAGCUCUGUGCCUUCCUCAGUCCUGGAAUCGGUACUUCAGGAGCUGAGGGGGUUGAAGGAUUUCCUGGAUAAGAACUCACAGUUCAGCCCUGGCUCGCUGGGAGCUGUCAGUUUCAGCUCCCCUGGCAACCUGCAGCAGAGGCUGCUGGGAUUCAUGCGGCCGGAUGGAGGCAGUUCACAGCAAGUGCAGCAGGAGCUGCAGAGGAAGUACCACACCGAGGCCCAGGCCUACGAGAAGAUCUCGCUCCAGGGGAUCCAGCAGCUGGUCCACCACACCUGUCAGACCCUGGCGCUGUGGAAGCUGCUGUGUGACCACCAGUUUGGCCUCAUCCUGAAUGACCUGCCCAAGGAGUUUCAGGAGCAGGUGAAGGUGAGCAGCUUCAAGGACAUUGUGAUCCGAGGGAGGGAGCUGACGGGCGCGCUCAUCACCUCCCUCAUUAACUGCUACAUCAAGGACAGCGCCUCUGUGGACGCUAUCAGCUGCCACCUCCGUGAGACCUGCCCCCUGCUGUACAGCAGCGAUGACUCGGUGUGCUCCAAGGCUAACGAGCUGCUGCAGAGCACCAGGCAGAUCCAGAACAAGGCGGAGAGGGAGAAGAUGCUACGCGAGUCACUGCGCCUCUACCAGCAGAUCAGCCACCAGACGGACCUGCCCCACGUGUGCGCACAGUACCGCCAAGUGCGCUUCUAUGAGGGAGUGGUGGAGUUGUGUCUGACUGCAGCUGACAAGAAGGACCCCCAGAGGCUGGGACCCCAUUUCUACAAGAACGGGGAGCCUGAAGAGGAUGCUGCCGGACAACAAGCCUUCCAGGAGAGGUUAAACAGCUACAAGUGCAUCACCGACGCAAUGCAGGAUUUGGUGAAUCAGAGCAAGGCGGCCCCCCAGUCUCCCAGCGUGCCCAAGCAGCCCGGCCCCCCCGUGAUGUCAUCAGACCCCAACAUGCUCAGCAACGAAGACGCAGCUGCACAUUUUGAGCAGAUGAUCGGGCUAGCCCAGCGUUCUAAGGACGAGCUCUUUCACAUCGCCCUUUACAACUGGCUCAUCCAGGCUGACCUCACCGACAAGCUGCUGGAGGUAAACUCCCCGUACCUGGAGGAGCACUUGAUGCGCAUGAUGAAGCAGGACCAGAACAAGGUGCGCUACAUGGACCUGCUGUGGCGCUACUACGAGAAGAGCAGGAACUUCAGCAAGGCCGCACACGUGCUGGCACGGCUGGCAGACAUGCACAGCACCGAGAUCUCCCUGAGGCAGCGGCUGGAGUACAUCUCCCGGGCCAUCCUGAGCGCCAAGAGCUCCUCCUGCGCCUCCUCGCAGGCCAGCGACGGCGAGUUCCUGCACGAGCUGGAGGAGAAGAUGGAGGUGGUUCGUAUUCAAGUGCAGAUUCAAGAAACGCUUAGCAGACAGUAUUCCCAUCAUCCGUCAGUGCAAGGGGCGAUCUCCCAGCUGGAUUCGGAACUCAUGGACAUCACCAAGCUGUAUGGGGAGUUUGCGGAUCAUUUUCGCCUGUCGGAAUGCAAGCUGGCCAUCAUUCACUGUGCUGGCCAUUCAGAGCCCAUGCUGGUGCACACCCUCUGGCAGGAAAUCGUGGAGAAAGAGCUGAGUGACAGUGUGGCGAUGAGCCCUGCAGACCGGAUGAGAGCCCUGAGCCUCAAACUGGUGUCUCUUGGGAAGAUCUACGCAGGAACCCCGCGCUAUUUCCCCCUGGAGUUCCUGGUGAAGUUCCUGGAGCAGGAGGUGUGCCGGCUGAGCUGGGACGUGGGCUUCGUGACCUACACCAUGCAGGAGAUCGGAGUUCAGCUGCCGCGGCUGCUGGAGGUGUACGACCAGCUGUUCCGAGCUCGGGACCCCUGCUGGCAGCGACUGAAAAGGCCCCUUCACCUGGUGGAGUGUAUUCACGUCCUGCUGUCGGGGUACGUGGAGGACCCGAGCAGAGUGCCCUCCUACGACAGGCGGAGGUUUACAACCUUUUGUCUGGACUGCAUUUGUGGGUAUCUGGUGGAGCUGCAGUCUUUAAGUCCCAAUUCUGCCUUGCAGCAACUCAUUGGAAACUUUAAGUCCCUACAAGCAAAAGUGGAGAAAGUGCUCUGAGGUGAAAGUGCCCUGAUUUGCCUCUGCCACAAUAGGACUGCACUUGUAGUGGUACUGACAUCUCCACCAGGGGGCAGCAUUCUGCCGCACACCCCGAGGACUCACCAGCCAGGACGGCGCCCUGGCUGACCCAAACCCAUUCACUCAAAGAAAGCCACGAAGCAGCAUAACAUGGAAUUCUGGUCUUUAAAUGGUCAAUACAGUGCUUGGGGUUUCCUUUCCCAGUUUUUUUUUUUAUUUAUAACUUUAGUUUAAGUUCUUAAGCAAGACAAAUAGUGACAUAGGAGUUUCUCCGAAGGUGGAUAAGUCAAACAACUUAAAAAACAGAUUCUGUUUCUUCCCUCAGUUUAAAAGCCUCCCCCUAUGGUGCACAGAUUCCAUAUGUGUUCUACUUUCAUUUCUUGUUCUGUGGGACGUUUAUUAAGUAGAUUGAAAUGUUAGGGUAGAAUAAAACUACACCCUGCGCCUCCUUACAUGGUGUCCUGCCAAAAUUGGCCACAGCCCGGAAGCACACAAGACUCGCCAAGGACAUCAGACCUGUCCUGCACUGCAUGUGAUUCCAGGAGGCAGCUUGAAAUCUGCCUGGCGUUGGCCAACAGCCAGCUUGCAGUGGGUCUGUGUACAAAGUCAAGAAAGCACCGCUGCCACAGUGUUGCGAUAUGUCAAAUUAUGCUGCCAAAGUAUUCCACUGUUGUUUCAAAUAACCGUAACCAGCUUUGUUCUGGAAUUACAAGAUCAUGCAAUGGAUGCCCUUUCCAUCAUGGUUUAUUUAUCCAGAUUCUGUCACGGUAAACUAAGCCAUAUCUAAGAACUGCUUGUGAGCGUUGACCGAUUCAAUUUUAUGUCUCCUGCUGUGGUAAAAAAGAGUUUUUUCUUUCCUCUUUGAAUGAGGAGGGUGUUAAGCCGGCAGUUGUGCAGCCAGCAAAGGACAUGUGGAGUUCCAAACUGGCUACUUCUUGAGCUGCUACAGGGACACUGUCGACAUGCCUCUGACAGCUCACAGUAGGCAUGUUCUGGCUUCCUUGCCCAAAUUACACCUGAGCUACCCGACAUGGGAAGUGUAGGAUUUUACAGUUACCCCACUCUUGAGGGGUAAUGAAAGCUGUAUUAAAAAACGGUCUUGUGCACAUUGCUAAUAACUGUUCGAUGGCGAUAUUGCCUUAUGAAGUGGGCAGUGUGAUCGGUCAGGUUAAAGGCUGAACUCUUCAUCCUAGAUUUUCAUGUGUGCAGGCGUUAAUCACCAGGAUACAGACGGGCCACAGAGUAAGCAUUGCGUGCCAGUCUGCAUAGGGAAGCUUUCACCUUAAUGGAAUGGUAGUGCGCUAAUUUGCUGUUAAGACUAAAAUGUUGCAUAAUUAAACAGCCAAGGGCUCAGGAACUGAUGUACAGCUUUUAGAAGGAAAACAUUCUGUUCACUUUCAGGCCGAGCUUCUCAAUUUUCGUAAACAUGAUCUGGGAGAACCUCAGCUAUCAGAAUAUUUACCUGUUUUUUUAUGUUUUGUGAAAAGACGGUAGAAAAGUGGCCUUUCUCUUGGAUAAUUCUGGAUCCCUCGCGACUAAUGUUUUAACGAGGAAUAAAUUACACUGCUGCUUCAAAAACUAAAUGCUCUUGUUAAUGAGUCCUUUUGAUAAGAACAGGCAUUACUUAAUGAAAAAAACUCAUUUUCUCCUGGUUUUAAAGAGCAAUGAAAACAUUUGUUUCUGUCGAGGUUUAGUUCAGUGCCACAAAUACAGAUAUUUCCUGGACAUCUAAACUAAUUGAAACAUUGCCUAAAAACAGUCCUAUGAAACUAAGAAUAUUAAUGUGUUUGGCAUUCACAAUACACUGGUAAAAUUCUAAACCACAGAACUGAGUCAUGGUCGGUUGUAAAGAAAGUACAACUAUAAAGAAAUAAUUAUUUUCCAGUUGUUUGUUUUUCCUGUUGAAUAGGUAGCUAUAAUAGACCACAAUCCAGUUCUGAGCAAAUAUAUAUGUUCAUGGUAAGGGCUUUUGAUGAAUUUGAUCAAUAUGCUGUUGUAAAAAUGGAAACAGUUUUAUAAUAUUAACCAUUUUUUUUACUGAAACAAUUUCAUCAACACUGUUUUUGAAUUUGCCUGACAUCUGUAGAAAAUAAAAUUUAAAAAAUCUGA